AUGUACUCUGCUAUUGCCAUUGGACUACUUGUCGGAGUUACUGUUCUUUCUGUGGGUGUGUUUGGUGCCAUGGCGUAUGCCGUAGCGUCAAGAAAGACAAAGGACAAGGAUUCGAAAUACGGACACCAGUACCCAGUUUCUUCACACGGAAUUUUCCCCGGACGUAUAUGCCUAGAAGUGGUCACCCUUAAUACAAAACUUACUGUGAUUAGUAAUACAUAUGGAACUAAUAGAACAAACUGGUACUUCUUUUGGCGGACUUCCAAGGCAUAUUAUGGUUAAGGAGUGUUGUUGACACUUGUGCGAUAAUCAGUAUAUGUAUGUGAGUGAGAUCUCAAGAUGGCCAUUUCUCUUAAGAAACUUUCAAAUUUACUCAGUGCGUAUAACUUGAAUAAACACAUGGCAGAAUUUACGGAGGAGAUGAACAUUAUAGCAAUUAUCUGCUGAAUUACUAGAGCAAAUUAGUAUAGUUGAGUUGUCAAAUUUAUUCAUUACCAAAAUAAAAAGCUUAUAUGCACAAAACAAUGUCUGUUCCUUUUAAUUGCAUAUUACUUACAUUAGCCCAAAAGCGUCGGACUACGACAAGAAAAACCUUAUACGUUCUUGAUACUCUAUAACCAAUCCAACUAACUAGCCAACUAAGAAGUAACUGACGAUUUUUUCAAGUUCGUUCGAUUGUCAUGUCACUGUUAUUAAUUUCUCUAAAUAUGUUAAUUCUUUCUUCGUCAGAAUCUUGUCCUUCUUGGACCCGAAACUUUCUUUUUAAUUUUGUUUCUCUCUCUAGAGGCUCAGGAUCAGGUUCGGCUUCAAUCUUCAUUCUGAUGAAAUAAUUAAGCAAUUUGUAGUAAAAGUAAGCUAGAGUUCCAGUGCCAGCCACGGUAACAAAAGCGAUGAUCAGCCAUGCAAGCAUUGAAAGCUGUCCACUCAUAUGAAGUAAAUGUUCUCUGCAAGCUUCUGCACUAUUCCAAAAAAGCAACAGCUUAAAACUUCUUCUCGCUCUCAAGCCUCCGUUCCGUCUUCUGUACCACUUCAAGAUGACAAAUAUCCCCAAAAUAUUGAUAUUCGCGACUUGUUUCGCUGAAUUUGUAGAUUAUGAACAGCCGCGGUAAAACAUUUCAUCGCUGACUCGACAUGGUUGAUUGGCAUUUUGGAUGAAUGGGCACAAAAUCGGUUCGUAAAUAAAUGAAUCAUUAGCCGACUACAAGCAUCGUUUCUAAACCAAGGAAAACACAAUUUGGUCUUCCAUUUUUUUAACUGGGAGAAAACACUUCUGCGUUUAAUAAGUAUAUACUUGUGGUACUCUUUUAACAGGAAAGUUUCACGAAUAUUGGCUUAUGAUUCUAUUUCACCAAGCAUACAAGAUUUGAGUUUUUAAAUGAGUACAUAAUUACAAUAGACUUUAAUCUAAGAAGGUAGAGGGUCAUCUUAUUAAGUCAUGAUCACGUUCCAACUGAAGUAAACAGAAGAUAUGAAAACUUUAACAUUACAUAAGGUGUACUACAGUAUAAAUCAAUUCUUAGCUUGCAACCACAAAGACAAGGCUGCCAGGGAGCUUUGGGGGUCAAAACAAUAGAAUUUUUGCUCGAAGAAUGUAGAUGAAAAUAACGAAAAUAGAGUUUAGUUCCCAGAGGAGAGAAUUCCUUUUGUUCUUGACCACCAACAUAGCCGCCAUGACGUCACGUUCAAACCUGCAAUACUACAGCUAAUAAAAUUGGUACAAAGUAAUAGACAAGUUUCAGAGCAGUGAGAUUCAAUCUUCUCGGCGUCACCCAAAAACCAUGGUAAAAACAUUAGUGAUUAUGCUGGGCUGGAGUUAUUAAUCUCCUAAAUCUGACGCACUUUUGUUAGUGUUUCUAUGUUUCUUACGAAUUCUUGCAUAUGAUUUUGAAAGAAAACAAAAUGCUUCCUAGUGCAAUUAAGUAACCAGGCCUUCGAAAAUGCACUGGGCAUGAGUUAAACUCGUGGAAGUAUUCCAUUCCUGAAAUCAUAGAAAUCUCUGCCGUUUUAUCGGCAAGGUACAUUUCCACUGUGUGAACAAAAACAAGCAAGCAAAUCAACAAACAAAAAACAAAUAUAGGAUUGUGGGUCUUGUAAAAAACAAACAAACAAACAAACAAAAGCAAAUGUAUACGUAAUUAAGUCAUCCAAUGACCGUGAGACAGUAAACUUUAAAGUCCUGAUCCACGCCAUUCAGUUUUCCUGUUAACACUUAAAACGCAUCAAAAGUUCCUGUCCGCAUAAGCUAGCGCAUUUACGCAGUUUGCGAUCGUUCACACUAAGCCAUCUAAGAAAGACAUGCGUUGCCUUUUUGUUCUUAUCUACAGUUUUCAGAUGAGUUCAGUAUUUAGAAUGUGCCCCGAUUUCACCGCUCAGAAUGAUGCGCGAGUCAUAACUUCAGUACUUAUGAGAACCUCCAUUAGCUUUGAUUUUGUAAAUAUAUAUUUGCAUCAGUUUGAUCAAUAACCGUAUGGCUGUUGCACUGCAAACCCCUCAAGGGAGGGGGGGUUGGAGCUGCAACCACCCCACCCCCUCCUUUUUACCACGAUUUAUCAGUAUUAGUCAUUAUUAUUGCUUGUAAGUAUCUGCAAGACCCAGCAACCGCCAGGGCUCGGACUUCCGCACUGUCUCAGCGAGGAUGGCUGUGCUUGAAAUCUGUCUUAUCGCCAUUGGCGUGCUGAUCUUUGCGGCUGCAAAUGUUAUGGCAAUCAAGCACUAUGUUAGCGGCAAGGCGAGGAUUGAUGAUGAGAAAUCAAGACCUACCUAUCAGCCUGUCGAGCGGGACAGCAAUGGCCAUUUAUACUACUGA